ACAAAACCAUUUGGAUUUAAAUAUGAACCGUAUAAAUGUGUGUAUAUAUAUAUAUGUGGUCUUCUCUAUCUUCAGAAACAUUUUUAACCUCUCUCUCGAUUUCAUUCUGUGCAAAGAUCACUUUCUUGCUCCCAAAGCUAAAAUCAUAAAUCUUCUUCUUCUUCUUCUCCCAGACCUCAGCAACAUUCAGGAGAAACAUAAGAUAAGCUUUUAAUUCAAUUAACAUAUUUAAAAUUUGAGAAUCUGCACACAAAAAAAAAUGAGCUGCAACGGUUGCCGAGUUCUCCGGAAAGGUUGCAGCGAGAACUGUAUCCUCCGACCAUGUAUCCAAUGGAUUGAAAGCGCCGAUGCUCAAGGCCACGCCACCGUCUUCGUCGCUAAAUUCUUCGGCCGUGCUGGUCUCAUGUCUUUUAUCUCCGCCGUACCGGAAUCUCAACGUCCUGCGUUGUUUCAGUCUUUGCUAUACGAAGCUUGUGGCAGAACUGUGAAUCCAGUAAACGGAGCGAUCGGAAUGUUAUGGACUGGAAACUGGAAUAUUUGCCAAGCGGCGGUUGAAUCGGUGCUUCGCGGCGGUUCUUUGAGACCGAUCCCGGAGCUUCUCGCUCACGGCGGCGGGUUCGCUGGGUUUCCAUCUCCUACAUCUGAAGAAGCAUCUGAGAUCUGCACCGAAAUGUUAAAUCUCCAGCAGAAUGACUCAACCGAUCGUAACAUCUACCAUCAUUCUCGGUUCUCGAGCUCUAGAUCUAGAUCUACCAUGGAUUCUUCUUCUCCUCCGACGAAACGUAAGCGGGUAACAACGUCAGAACAACAACCAUCUUCGGAGCUCGAUCUAUCUCUGAUCCCUAAAUCAACGCCUUCUUCUUCUACACGGCGGAGAUCGCUAACACCGUCGAUGAACUCAGAGGACUCUGUUACGACGACGACCACGGCGUCGUUUUGUGACAAGGGUGAUGUGUACGGAAACGGAAACGGAGGAGGAGUUGAAACGAGCAAGUUGCUUAACCUUUUUGUUUAAACGCAAAACGGCGUCGGUUUUUUCACUGAUUAUUAUUAGUUGUUAGGGUUUAAAAUGUAAUUUUACACAUUUUCUACUCCUUUUUUCUUGUUUUUCCCCGUGGAUAAAAAAACACAUUAGACCGGCUAAUUAACCACGUCUGUUUUGUUCUCUCGGUUUAGAGUUAUUAACCCAAAUGUCAAACUUUUAUUGAGUGCAACAUAUUUGAUCAUUUCUCGAUUGUUCAAUUCUCCUUAA